CAUACCCUAGGUUCCCUCUAUGGGAGAGACUUGUUUGUAUACACAUGUACAUGUACAUCAUUGUGAAAUGGCAUGUGUGAAAUGGCACGUACAAUGUAAAUUUGGUACAUAUGAAUGGAUGUGCAUGGUGGCGGAGUGUUUUAUUUUUUCUUAUCUUUUUUGGUCCCUUUUGCACUCCAUCCCUUUUAGGGAUGUGCUUCCCGAGUGUCAAAUGCUCUUUCAACGUUCGAAUUCAACGUUGAUUGUCGAGCGUCAAACGAGGGACGAGGAACUAUCUUCACAUCGAUGUUCAAACACGAAAGCAAAGCGAGUUGACGUACAACAUUUGAGACUUCCAAUAGCGAAUAUCUGAUCAUGGAUCUUCAAGUGCCCAACGCCAACCUUGUCGCGGAAUAUUGUCGGCGAAUCUUGUCGGAUGUCCUGGAUGAACUUGUGAAUCAGGUUCCUAACGGAUUGACAAACAACUGGGAUAAUGUCAAGCAGUCGCUAAGGAGUAUCACAAAUAUGUAUCAAAAUGGACUCAGAUAUGCCCAUUCAAACUUCCGUUCCGAUUGGAACGAUCCCGCAAACCGCUGCGCUUAUGUGUUUGUGUACUUGAUGCAGCAUUGCUAUCUUGUGAACGGCUCGCUGCAGUACUCAGACGUGGUUGCAAAAAGUUGGCGCAACAAGAGCAACUUGAAGGUGUGCAGCAUCGGAGGCGGGCCUGGGUCCGACCUGGUGGGCGUGACAAUUUUCCUCCGUGAGAACAGAAUCUUUCCUCCUUCGCUGGAGUGUCUGGUCUUGGAUCUGUAUCCCACUUGGAAAGACACCUGGGAUACGAUAUACCGUCAAUUACCGGGGAGCUUCACCGUGAGUUACCGUGAAUGUGACUUGGUGAGAGAUACGAAGCUUCGCGGUCAGGAUCUGCAGUUUGUCAAACAGGCUGAUAUUCUGACUCUGUCCAAAUCUUUCUCGGCAGUGUCCGCUUUCUUCCGGCAAGACCGCUCAGGCUCUAAAGGGAAUUUUCUGAGAAACCUUCUUCGGGCCACAAAGCCAGGCUGCUUCGUGUUGUACAUCGAUAAUGAUUACGUGGGUUGCACACAAUUCCAACAGAACUUUGCAUCCCGAGCUGGUCUGGACAUGGUCUUUGAAUUCCGCGGCAAACCUACUUGCCCUUCGGGCCAAUAUUCCCAUACCAUAAGAAAGUACUGCCAACUUUUCGACUUCAGACCGAUGCGAACCUGUAACGUGAUUAUCCAGCUGUUCCGAAAGAAAGGAUCGGUUCAGUCCGCCAUCGGAGAUAAUCCGACAGAGAGCAAUUUAGCCAGGACCUUUACUGAGCAGGCAACUGUUGCCCAAGUACCCCCCUCAGCAAUUGUCGCAGGCCCCUCAAGGGGUAGGCCUACAAUUCGUCAGCAUAACCCCAAACGUGUACAGAGCCGAAUGACCGGGGGCAGCCACUACGGGACAAUAGAUAACUCGGGAAUAAUUCAGGAUGUUGAAACGAAAGCAAAGACCUGCUGCACGGGAUGCACUAUUCUGUGAUCCCCACUCGUUUAUCGCUUCAUUAUGUUUCACAAUCCUAAAUUGUUUGUGGUUUAUGUAAAUUAAACAGGGCUGGUAUCCCUUAAAAACAUUACUUCACCUGUAAGUUAGACUCCUUUUCCCUUUCUCCACCACAAGUCCCCUAUUUCUUUCCCACCGUUUUUUUCUAGGUUUCUUGGUUUUAAGAUAAUUCAGAUUUCAUUCUAAAUUUCUGUUGAAACCUAGGAGUUUGCGUCCUCGAUAUAAUUUGGUUUCUAGUGAUGUUUUCCUAAUCGAUUUACAUUUUUAGUGCCAGUUUCCCACAGUGUGUCUUUUUUCUAGGUUAUACAAUUACAGUUCUUGUUCUCAACACAAUUUUUCGAAUGGAAUUAAGAGUCAACAAACUAACAGCAUGCUAACUUUACCCCUGUUGGUUUUGAGAAGCAAGUGAUAUUUUUGUGUAACGACAAACAUCUCACCCGUCCGCUUGUUUAGCCGAGGCUGAAAGGCGUGUUUUUCGAUAUGAGACAAAAUUGGAAUGGAUUUUCGCUGUGCAGUAGACUUAAAGGAACCACGAAAAAGGAAAUAUUUCUUAUAAAUUUUACUAAAACCCUUGAAAUUGCAUCUUUGGGUUUCAAUUGAUUUAUUUUA